GACAGAGUGAGAUUAGCUGGUGAGAGACACAGAGUGUGAGACUAGCUGGUGAGAGACACAAAGUGUGAGACUAGCUGGUGAGAGACAGACAGCAGCUCCAGUGCAGCUCUGGCGACCUCUCGCGCCUCUUCUAUCAACCUGCAGCUCAGUGGAGGCGGAGGCAGAUAAGAGCGCGCGCUCCGUUUCUCGUGCCGCAGUUGAGUAGAGUGAUGAAGCGGUGAUGAAGAGGAGCAUCUCUGGAUGAAGAGGAGCAUCUCUGGAGGACAUCAGAGCUCUACAUGAGUCCCAGUUUACAGACUAACAUCACAGAGGAGCUGCGCAAACUUAUCAGCCGAACAUUCUCCUGUAACAAGGGCCUCUGCCUCGCUCUCCGGCUAUCAGCAUGAUGAAGGACUGCCUGCAGUUCCUCAUCGAGCCAGCCAAAAAGCUCAAGAUCCGACUCAAGGAGUCUCGUAAGCGAGUGAAGCUCGAGAAGAAGGAUCCGCUGGUGGAGAGUCAGUUAUUUAUCAUGGAGUUGGCCCGAGAACUCAACAAAAUUUGCCAGAGGUCAAACAUCCUCAGCCACAUCUGGACCAGCGAGGACAUCUGGCUGGCCGGCGUGUGUCGUGAUUUCAUUGUGGAAUGGGCUGCCGUGUUGGAGAAGAGAGUACAGCCGAGGAUCAUCCUGUCUGAAUACCAUUGUGAGAAACCAGAGAAGAAGGACUGGAAGGGACACCUGCUCUGCAUACUGGAGGCAGGGGGGGAGUGCGACAUGGGGCCCCACAAGAGAGUCAUCAUGGACUGGACACGGGAGAUUAAAAGCAGACCUCAGCCCACCGUGUGGCCAGGUGAGCCCGUGCUCAUGAUGCUGGACGACCUGGAGUUUCAGUGGAAGAGGGGGCGUCUCCCCAACCUGCUCCCAGCCAUGGAGCUCGUCAUGCUGGCCGUGAUGAAUGCAGACAGCCCCGUCAAGGAGGAUGUGACGAAGCAGUGGCUGGUGAGCAAGCAGAGGAGCCAGAAUAUCGACGCUGCACGCUACAUCCCCCACAGCGUGUGGAACUGGAUUUGCGAUGCUGCAGAGGACGUCACUCUGGACUCAGACUCAGCCAACGCAAACCUGCUCAUAUCUGGUGACGAAAAGCGCAUGCGGUGCGGCCUGGAGCGCCGGGAAGUCCCGCGGUGCCGCCGACGCUUCGACGGCUGGUGGUGCGCCGUGGGCCAGGAGGGCUACGCUUCCGGACGCCACUACUGGGAGGUGGAGGUGGGCGAGCGUGACUGGCGGCUAGGCGUGGCUAAGGCGUCUGCGGUGAGGCAGGGCUUCCGCUCGCUCACCACCGAUACGGGCUACCUGACCCUCCGCCUGGAGAGGGGCAUGGAUCUGAAGGCCCUGACGGUGCCCGCCACCCCGCUAACACAGAGCCUGGCGCCCAGGAAAGUAGGGGUGUACCUGGACUACGAGCAGGGCCAGCUGUCUUUCUACGACGUGGAGAAGCGCUCCCACCUGUACACCUACAACGAGAAGUUCACAGAGGAGCUGCUGCCCGUGUUCGGGACCGUGGAGGUGGUCAAAGACCUGCUGAUCAGGCCCGCAGACGUCCGACAGCCGUGCCUCUGUCCAGGGCCCUGCCUCUGGACCUGAACUGCUUCACACACAUCAACCAGUCCUGAUCCUCAGUAGCUCACAGAGUCUGUGCUUUUAGUUUGGUUCUGGACUAAAAGACGGACUCUUUCUGGGGGGUCGUGAGGUUGUGAUGUCACACAGGGACGAGAGCCGCCAUCAUUCUGCAUUACACUUCCUGUUACUCUGCCUUCAUGGAGACAUACAGCAUUUGACUAUUUGUAUUGUAAGGAUGAAUAUUUGAAGGCGUGUUUGUAGCUGAAUGGAGAUGGGGUUUUUUUUCCACACUGUCCAAUAAGCUUUGAGAACAAAGAACCAUGUUUUUUCAUUUAAAGUGAAAACUGAACUGUAGCUGCAAGGUUUUCAUGCCGCAAUGGAGAUAUGGAAAUGUGUUUUUUUGAUAGCUUUUUUUUAUUACUUAGAGAUGAAACUUGCAAAACUAACUUCACAAAUGUUCUAAAAGCAUGAAUGCACUGUGAAAGGAUGCAGUGAAACAGUGCAGCUCAUGAGGGCUUGCUUGCUAACACGCACAGGUUGACGCAUGUGAUGAGUCGAUGCUCGCUGUUUGCUUCUUUGUCUCCCGCAAACAUUUGCCAGGCUUGCUUCUGCAGCUGUGUUUGUCUUUAUUGUUUAUGCGUGCAAUAUUAAGAUGGCAUUUUUCCCCCCCAAAACGUCAAUAAAUGAACUGGAAAUGCU